GUCAGUUCGUAUUUCGAUCGAUUGGCAGACGCACGUGUUUACGACACGGCACGAGCAACUUUAUCGUUUCUUCGCGUUUGUGCUUAUACGGAAUACAGUUUAAUAUACUGUCUUCAUUCGUCGUCCAAGAUGUUCGUAAGCGAAAAUCCAAGUUUAAAUCGCUGCCAUACAAACAAAUCUGGGCGUUCGCCAAGGAAGAGUCUAGAAGACCAACAUGGCGUCGGAAGCAAGAACGUUAUGCGCAAGCAUAACGUACGUAUUCCUUGUCGGACAACAGAGGCCGGUGAGAAUCUUUGGAGAGCCGAUAGGACAAUAAAGCAGAAAGACAAGGCAUAAUCACAGGGAGUGGCGGCGGAGGAAGAGAUCGGUACAGCGGUGGUUCCGCUUCCGCUUUGAGCUGCGGCGGUGAGAAACUCCGCGAGGACAAACAAGGGAGGAUGCUGGAUGGCAAGACUGGAAUCAGAAGAGAGAAGGAAGAGGACACGAAGAGCGCGGACAACGUUUCCAGGGGUGCUAUACCUUCCAGGCAGAGCCUCCUGGAACUGGUCAGCAGCAAAUGCAUGAGCCGCCACACGCCCACUCAUCAUUAUUAUCAUCAGCAACAGCAGGUGUACUCGGUACCGCAGCGAUAUUUCAGUUCGUCCCGCGACUCGCUUCAGGGGGCUUACGUGAAUCGCGGCGCCAGUGAGUUCGACCUAAGCCGCAAACCGAAGAGGAGGGACCAGCUGAGGGGCAGAUUCAAGCUGCCAUACACCGUCGCGCUCACUUCCUCGCGCGACCAGUCGCACCUGCACACGCCAGCAUCCGUCAAUCAUCUCAGCAAUAGCAGCUGUAACGGCACCGAGACUAGGUAUACGGCGCAGCAACAGCAGCAACAACGCGGUAAUAGAGGCUACCCUGGACAAGCAGGAACAAAGGGUUUUCGUACGGGUGCCCCUAAUUGGUCCUUCAUCUUCGAUCCCGCGGGACGUCUCUGUUAUUACUGGUCGAUGGUGGUCUCCCUUGCCUUUCUCUACAACUUCUGGGUCAUCAUCUACAGGGUCGCCUUCCAAGAGAUAAACGGCGAAACGCGCUGGGUGUGGUUCUGCUUGGACUACUUUUCCGAUUUUUUAUACGUGCUGGACAUAGUGUUUCACAUUCGAACCGGGUACUUAGAGGACGGUGUCUUGCAAACGGACGCGACGAAGCUGCGAAAUCACUAUACAAACAGCACUACGUUUUACAUGGACAUCCUGUGCCUGUUGCCCCUCGACUUUUUAUACUUAUCUAUAGGAUUCAACAGUAUACUUCGAGGUUUUAGGCUCGUGAAAAUAUACCGGUUCUGGGCGUUCAUGGACAGAACCGAGCGACACACCAACUAUCCGAAUUUAUUCCGCUCCACAUCCUUGAUACAUUAUUUACUGGUGAUCUUUCACUGGAACGGGUGCCUCUAUCACAUUAUCGAUAAGAACAACGGCUUCGGCAGUAAGAACUGGGUAUUCAGCGACUCGGAGACGGCGGACGUGGUGAAGAAAUAUUUGCAGAGCUACUACUGGUGCACGCUGGCCCUCACCACCAUCGGUGACCUGCCCAGGCCGAGAAGCAAGGGCGAGUAUCUGUUCGUGAUAGCUCAGCUGCUGUUUGGUCUGCUGCUGUUCGCCACGGUGCUGGGACACGUGGCCAACAUCGUCACUUCCGUCAGCGCGGCCAGGAAGGAGUUUCAGGCGAAGCUGGAUGGCGUGAAAACGUACAUGAGAAUGAGAAGAGUGCCGAAGCAUCUACAGGUGAAGGUGAUCAAAUGGUUCGACUAUCUUUGGUUGACGCAGAAAUGCUCGGACGAAGAAAAAGCUGUCAGCUGUCUUCCAGACAAGCUGAAGGCCGAAAUUGCGAUAAACGUGCACCUGGACACGCUACGGAGGGUGGAGAUCUUCCAGAACACGGAGGCUGGCUUCCUGUGCGAGCUCGUACUAAGACUGCGACCAGUUCUUUUCUCACCUGGCGACUAUAUCUGUCGCAAAGGUGAGGUAGGCAAGGAGAUGUACAUAGUGAACAGAGGCCGGCUGCAGGUGGUGGCUGAUAACGGGAAGACAGUGCUGGCUACCCUUAAGGCUGGUUCCUACUUCGGGGAGAUCAGCAUUCUCAAUAUGAGGACUGCAGUUGGUGUUCAAAUAAAAAGGUCACAUAAAAGGGUGUUUCGUAACCGGCGAACAGCCAGUGUACGUUCGGUGGGCUACUCGGACCUCUUCGUCCUCAGCAAGAAGGACAUGUGGGACGUUCUGAAGGAGUAUCCCGCGGCUAGGAUCAGACUGGAAGCCAUCGCGGUGAAGAGAUUGGAAAAAUACAAGAGGGCUCCUCUCGAGAAAGCUGCAAUGGGACGAUGUCAAAGCACGCCAGGCCUCGUGGAGUCACGAGGUCGUAUACCGUUGGAGGAGAUGUGGGUUUCACCGGUGGACACCAAGUCCACUCACGCGUACUCGGCUGGCCACUCGUUGUUCUCCCCCAGCCCUAGUCCGGUGACGUCGCGCGGCUUGCCCAGCACCGCCAGCAACGUCAACGCGAGCAACGUCGUCGCGAGGAGCAUGGAUAGUCCGAUGAGUGCCACCAGCAGCGGCCACAGCAGCGAGGAUCAGACCGCCAGGGCACCGCAAUCCGCGGCCGCACAGCCAUCCGCCGGCAGACAGUCCACCCACUCUGGCAUAACCAGCAGCAUGACGCAUUUGGUGAGCGAAGGUGCCACGCCACUUUUAGGCACUAACGAAGCUUUAUUGGCUGAAAUUAAACGUCUUCGGGAACGUCUGGUUUGCUUGGAGUCUGAAAACGCGGUAAUGAGCGCUAAACUGAAUCAACAACAGUGGGAAGUUGAGAAUCGAUUGGCUGAAAUCGAGAUGCAGAUUUGCGGUGCCAGCUCGUCGUCCAGUUUAGAAGAUAACAACGAGCGAAAUCGAGAAAGUAUCAUUUAACAAGAAACAAGGCCGCGAGAGCGCGGCAAAACAAAGAUAGCGCGAAUACGACACUAUUUGGCUGACGCUACAGACGACAGAUACGCGGCAGAUGACAGA